UAAAUCUAGCCAUGGCUGUGGUCAUGAUUAUAUUGGAGUUUCUUGCAUUCUUCUUGGUUUCUGCUUCAUCUAAGGAGGUUUAUAUUGUGUAUUCAGGUGACCAUGGGGGCUUGCAACCAGAGGAGGUCAUUGAUAUGCAUCAUUCAAUGCUUGCCUCUGUCAAGAAAAGUGUUGAUGAAGCAAGAGAAUCAUUGCUAUAUAGUUACAAGCAUGGCUUCAAUGGCUUUGCAGCCCAUCUUUCUAGUGAAGAAGCUUCUGUCAUCUCAGAGAUGGAAGGGGUCAUAUCUGUAUUUCCAAGCAAAAGGAGGAGGAUGCACACAACAAGGUCAUGGAGGUUCUUAGGCAUAUCAGAUGGAAAACAUGAAGCAGAUGGCCCAUCUUCUAGUAGCUUGUGGAAGAGGGCAAAUUAUGGGCAAGAUACAAUUGUUGGGCUCCUAGACUCAGGCAUUUGGCCAGAGUGUGAAAGCUUUAAGGAUGAUGGAAUGCCUCCUAUUCCAAGCACAUGGAGAGGAUUUUGUGAGGGAGGAGAUGCUUUCAACUCUUCUCAUUGUAACAAGAAAUUGAUAGGUGCAAGGUAUUAUUUGAAAGGAUAUGAAGCUAGUUAUGGUCCCUUAAAUGUGACGGCCACCCCUGACUACCGAUCACCUAGAGACAAGAGUGGGCAUGGUACUCACACAUCUUCUAUUGCAGUAGGACGAGAGGUAAGAAAUGCAUCUUCAUUGGGAGGAUAUGCUUCUGGAAAAGCUGUAGGGGGAGCUCCAAUGGCUAGGCUAGCAAUGUACAAAGUGUGUUGGCCAGUCCUAGGAGAUAAUCCAUUUAGUGAUACCACUUGUACUGAUGCAGACAUGUUGGCAGCGAUUGAUGAUGCACUAUAUGAUGGUGUUCAUGUGUUGAGUAUAUCUAUUGGGGGUAAUGUGCCACUAGAGGGAUACAUAGAUGAUGCCAUUACACUUGGAAGUUUGCAUGCUGUGAAGCUAGGGGUCAUCGUGGCUUGUAGUGUUGGUAAUGAUGGCCCUUCAACCGCCACUGCAACUAAUCUUGCUCCAUGGAUCAUCACUGUAGCUGCUAGUAGUGUUGAUCGAUCUUUCCCUUCACACAUAUUGCUUGGAGAUGGCACCAAAUUAAUAGGCCAAACUGUUACUUCUUACAAUCUAGAGAACAAGUUCUAUCCAUUAGUCUUUUCUGCCAAAGCUACGUUUUCCACAAUGGAAAAUUUAAAUUUCUCAGCUGGGCAAUGCCUUCCAGGUUCUCUGAAUCCAGAGAGAGUGAAGGGAAAAAUAGUCUUUUGCUUAAGAGGAACAACUUCUCGGGCUGAGAAAGGUCUGGAGGUGAAAAGGGCAGGAGGAGCUGCAGUUAUUCUUGGCAAUCUUCCUUCAAAUGGUGCAGAAAUCUCCGUGGAUAAUAAUGUUUUGCCAGGGACUGCAGUUGUAUCUGAUGAUACCACAACUAUUCUUGCUUACAUCAAUUCUGCCAUUAAUCCAAUCGCCCACAUUGAUCCAGCAAGGACUGUAUUAGGAACAAAACCUGCUCCAUUCAUGGCUGCCUUCUCCUCCAGGGGUCCUAAUGUACUUGAUCCAAACAUCCUUAAGCCAGAUAUUACAGCACCUGGUCUCAACAUACUGGCAGCUUGGAGUGGAGCAGUCUCACCAACCCAGCUUGUGGCAGAUGAACGCCGUGUAAAGUACAAUAUCAUCUCUGGCACAUCAAUGGCCUGUCCUCAUGUUGCAGGAAUAGCAGCUCUAUUGAAGGCCAUGCAUCCAGAUUGGAGUCCUGCUGCUAUCAGAUCUGCUCUCAUGACCACAGCUGUUGUUACAGACAACGAGGGUUGUCCAAUGACAGAUGCAUCUGGAAAUCCAGCUACACCAUUUGGAUAUGGAUCGGGCCAUGUGAACCCAAAUAAUGCAUCAGAUCCAGGCCUAUUAUAUGAUGCCACAACAGAUGAUUACCUACUGUUUCUCUGCAGCAGUGGAAUUGAUGUUUCCAAAGCACUUAACACUACCUUCACUUGCCCAGAUGAUCCUCCAAGUACCAAUGAACUGAACCAUCCAUCUAUUGUCAUUACAAACUUGAGUGAUAGAGAAACCGUCACCAGGACUGUGACCAAUGUGGGCGGUGAGAGUGAAUACUUCGUUUCUAUUGAAAACCCACCAGGUGUAUCCGUACAUAUACAUCCUCGUAAGUUGUGUUUCCAAUCUACAGGACAGAAACAUGAUUUUACUGUCACAUUUAUUCUCAAAGAGUCUCUUAAUCAGGAAUAUGUGUUUGGAUCCUACACUUGGGAUGAUGGAAUUCACAAGGUAAGGAGUCCAAUAGCUGUCUCUGCAAUGUGAAAUAGCUGAAGUUACCAUUGCAUAUCUAGUCCUGUCUGACGAGUCAAAUGUACAUUCUAGUUCAGAAUUCAUGUGGCCUUCUAAGUGCUGGUUUAUCAUGAUAAUCUUAUUAUUAAGUUCUCUAUUUAA